AUGGCGGUUGAGAACAAACAUACAGAGAAGAAUAAUGUUGUGCCAACGACAGAGAGUACGAAUCAGGUAGUACUACCUACAGAUCAAGACCAUGUUCACCACGACCAUGAUCAUGAAAGCGAUAGCUACAGUGACAGUUACCCUGGUAGAGUGAUUGAAUCAACAGCGACCUCAAAAGAAGUCGAAACGCAACAAAAUGCAGUCCCAGCUACAGGGACAGAAGCAAUCGAUUUGGAGCGUAGCGGCACUGGCGCCUCUAGUACAGUGGAAUAUUCGAUCUUUUCGCCUAGUAUGAAACGAUACAUUGUCAUUGCUGCUUCAUGCGCUGGCUUCUUUUCACCGAUAUCGUCUCAGAUCUAUUUUCCGGCUAUGAAUACGCUGGCGAAGGAUCUGAGUGUUUCGAUUUCGUUGAUCAAUUUGACUAUGACUAGUUAUAUGAUUUUCCAAGGAAUUGCGCCAGUCUUCAUUGGAGAUUUCGCAGAUAACGUUGGCCGCCGACCGGCGUACUUCCUCUGCUUCGUCAUCUACCUCGGAGCAAACGUCGGUCUGGCUUUGCAAAACAGCUAUGCGGCUCUCUUCGUACUACGAUGCAUGCAGAGUGCAGGAAGUAGUACAACCAUCGCACUAUCUGCCGGUGUCAUAGCAGAUGUCGCCUCCGUGGCCGAGAGGGGAAGUUAUAUGGGCUUCGUUACGGCUGGUUCUUUACUAGGCCCUGCCCUUGGCCCCGUCAUCGGUGGUCUCUUAUCUCAAUACCUCGGUUGGAGGGCUAUUUUCUGGUUUCUUUUCAUUAUAGCGGCUGUAUGGCUCGUGCAAUUCAUCAUCUUUUAUCCGGAAACGGGCCGCAAAAUCGUCGGCAAUGGAUCGAUUCCACCACCAACGUGGAAUAUGUCGUUGAUCGGUUACCUGGAAGCUCGCAGGGUCUCGGAGAGAGAUAUAAUCGCUGCUGAGAGUACUCUACCUCCUACUCCGCGCAAGUUAUCGUUUCCCAAUCCGUUGCCCACGCUGGCUAUAGUUUUGCAGAAGGAUACGGCUCUUUUAUUGAUUACGAACUCAAUUUUCUUUGCUGGAUUCUACGAUGUGGCUGUUGCGAUUACUUCGCUAUACCAAAAGAUAUACGGCCUGAAUGAUCUUGAGAUUGGGUUAUGCUAUUUACCCUUCGGCGCAGGAUCUGCACUGGCUGCAUUCGCAAACGGCAAGUUUCUUGACUUCAAUUAUCGGCGCAUUGCGACUCAACUCGGACUCCCCGUACAGCGAAACAGACAUACAGAUCUAAAGAACUUCCCGAUUGAGAAGGCUCGGCUACAGAUUGCGUUUCCGUUGAUUCUCGGGGCUAUUGCUCUCAUAAUUGUAUUCGGAUGGGUGUUGGAUUAUGGAGUUCAUCUUACUGCUCCCACGAUAAUCACUUUCUUUAUGGGAUUCUGUCUCACGGGAUCUUUUAAUACGGUCAGCACGUUAUUGGUUGAUAUAUAUCCGAAUAAGGCUGCUACUGCGACGGCCGGGAGUAAUAUUACGCGUUGUCUGUUGGGAGCUGGUGCUACGGCUGUCAUUGAGCCUAUGUUGACUGCUAUGGGCACCGGGUGGUGCUAUACAUUUAUUGCACUGGUUAUGUUGGCUACGACACCAUUGUUGUUCAUUUUGAUGGGUUAUGGACCGAAAUGGAGAGAGGAAAGGCGUCUGCGAGAGGAGGCGGAAUAA